CUUAGCCCACGUGAGUGGAAGUGUAUUAUUCUCGUGAUUCACGGCCAAAUGGUUGAGAAUAAUCUUUCUGUACCAAAUAAAAGAAUUCUUCUGUCUUGGCUGAGGGAUACGCCACCAAGGCCUUUCACAGUAAAAUCUACAAAUGAGAAAUGCUUAAAAACGUGGACAGUGUUUUUUAUAUGGACUACUUUUCAUGGAAUGUUCGAUGUAAAGUGAUUUCUGCUGGAUUUUUUUUCUACUUUGGAGUGUUUUUGAUUUCCCACUUGACUUCUGCUUGUUUGUCAUUAACAUAUCAACAUCUUUUGGCAAAAGAGAAAGUCUUUUGGGACCUGGCAGCCACACGUGCAGUAUUUGGGAUCCAAAGUACAUUAGCAGGACUCUCAGCUUUACUGAUAGACCCAGUGAUCAACGUAAACAACAUCGCUGCACAGGAAGACUGGUCUUGGUUUAACAUUCUCACGGCCACAGGUUUCUUCAUCUUUGAAAAUGUUGCACUUUAUGGAUUCAGCUUUGCUUUCCGAACUUUUGAUCUUCCUUUAACAGUCCAUCAUUUCUUUGCUGUUGCUGGUUAUACAAGUUUAGUAUUCUGGGACAAGAGUGGUCACUAUUUGCCUAUGGUCACUUUACUGCUAGAAAUGAGCACUCCAUUUACAUGCAUUUCAUGGAUGCUAUUAAAGGCUAACUAUGCACAUUCUGUCUUAUGGAAGUUAAACCAGUGGGUGAUGAUUCAUUUGUUUCACUGUCGUAUUGUUCUCACAUACCACAUGUGGUGGGUGAGUUGGAGUCGGUGGGAUCAAAUUGAAGAAAACUACCCUGUUCCUGUGCGUGUCAACUUUUUCACUGGUCUGACCCUUCUUACCUUUAUCAUAAAUCCAAUAUGGACUCAUAAGAAAACAUUACAGCUUCUGAAACCUGUUGAUUGGAACUUUAAUACAAAUCCAUCAGAUGUUAAUGGAAAGCCAUCUGAAAAGAAAAACUAAUUAGCAUUGAAUUAGUUGAACUGUUUUAGUAACUGUUGUGUAUGUAGGAUAUAGAUGUGGAUCCUUUGUCUGGAUCCUGAACAAGAAGCAUGGAUAUUAACAAUUUUAAAAGCUUUGUUUCAAUUAAUUGUGACAUUGAAUUUUUUUUUUUUUUAAAGAAACCCAGACUUUCCCUGCCGUUCUAAUGUUACCCGAGUUGACUCCAAAAAAAAGUCCAAUCACUACUAACACUUACCAGCACUGUUUCCCACAAGAAUUUUGUCUGUCUUAUACCUUGCAUUAUGCCCAGCAAAUGGAGAUUGCCCAGCCUGAAAUUACUGGGUGUCUGCCUCUCAUGCCAUCAGUGCAAGGUGUCAUACAGUGUCUUACUUUUUUUGGGAACUUUUUCUGCAGGCAUGACCAAAAACAAGGGUGCUUUUCACUUGUUUUAAACACUGAACAUUGCUGCUUAAGUAAUUUUUACAUAAGUGUAAUUUUUUUAUUAUUUUUUUUGUUGGUAGUAAUAUAUACUGUUUUCUGUCCUAACACAAGCAAGAUUUUCAACAACAGAAAAUUCUUUCACUUUUUUCAAAACAUCUCUAGCUCAUGUCUGCUGAGAAAAGCAAUAUCUUGUCCUGGAUUCUUGAAUGGUAAAACUACUCUGUCACUUACAAGUGGUUCCCCAACUUCCUUCAGCCAAAUAUGGCUAAAAGUGGGAAAAUCUAGCAUAUCAGGAAUAAAUAAACGAACAUGUUGCAAUUCAGAAGUUAA